AUCCGCUGGGCAGGAUCCGCCGCGCCGGCUGCGGCCGGCCGGACUGGGAGACCCGCGAAGGGGGAGAAGGUGAGGGGACUCGGCGGGCAGCUCCGCACCGACUGGGAAAUGAACGCUUGGAACUCUGUCUGCGAGCGGACCCAUGAUCCUAGGACCGAAAGAGCCGCGUGAUCGCCAGAGCUGGCCCUGCGACCCGAGACAUGGGCCAGACCUCGGUCUCCACGCUGUCCCCGCAGCCCAGCAGCGUUGAUGGACUGGACAAAGCUUCUAUAGCAAACACAGAUGGCUCAACAGCAGGCUCCCAAACCCCUCCCUUCAAGAGGAAGGGGAAACUUGCCACCUUUGGUAAAAUUUUUAAACCUUGGAAAUGGAGGAAAAAGAAGACGAGUGACAAAUUCAGAGAAACAUCAGCAGUAUUAGAAAGGAAGAUUUCCACAAGACAAAGUAGAGAGGAGCUGAUAAGAAGGGGAGUUCUUAAGGAAUUACCUGAUCAAGAUGGAGAUGUAACAGUUAACUUUGAAAAUUCAAACGGGCACAUGAUACCCACCGGAGAGGAAUCUACCCGAGAGGAAAAUGUAGUAAGAUCUGAAGAAGGUAAUGGCUCUGUAGCUGAAAAAGCACCAGCUCUGGAGGAAAAGGCAGAAGAUAAGAAAGAGAUCACUGAAAACCACUCUGAAACACCGGCAACUCCUGCUCCACCUCCUGCAGCUCUUCCUAAGCCUAAACCCAAACCUAAGCCCAAAAAAACACCUGUGCCUCCAAAAGGGGCCGCUGCUGGGGCCAGCCCCAAGGGUGACGAAGUGCCUCCUAUUAAAAAAAACACCAAGGCUCCUGGUAAGCAGGUCCCCGUCCCACCACCCAAGCCAGCAAGCCGAAAUGCAACCCGAGAGGCCGCUGGUUCCUCUCAUUCAAGAAAAACAACUGGCUCCAAAGCAUCAGCUUCACCAUCUACUUCCUCCACCUCAUCUCGUCUCAAAGCCUCCAAGGAGACAGUUUCUAGCAAAAUGGGGACAGUGGGAAUCACAAAGGGCAAGAAAAAAACUGGCAAGCAGCCACCGUCUCGACUGUCCUCAGAGGCAACCACUUCUGGCACAUCUGACCUUAAAGGGGAGCCUUCGGAGACCAGGGUGGAGAGUCUCACACCCGAGCAGACUGUCCCUGGGGCCGAGGAGCAGACCACAGGCAAACCCAAGUCCGCAGUUCCUCCGGCCCCGGUGACUCCAGCGCCUCCCACCCCCGCCCCUCCUCUCCCCCUGGAGGAGCAGAGCACUGUUGCCUCGGACACCCCUGUCGUCCUGAUCAGCAAUGGAGCCGACCUCCCUGCCUUAGAUCCAGGUCAGCUUCUCUGGACUGAAGAGGCGACAGACAGAACCACUUUCCACUCAGGCACUGGCAUAAGUGUUAGCAGAGAAAAUGCAAAAUGCUUCACAACCAAAGACGAGCUGGGGAAGGCAGCGCCUCAGCUCCUGACUCCUGGGCUGACGGGAGAGUCUUCAGAGUCCUUCAGUGCCUCAGAGGACGAAGGCCAGAGGGAAUACCAGGCCAAUGACUCCGACUCUGACGGACCUGUCUUGUACACCGAUGACGACGACGAUGAUGAGGACGAGGACGGCAGUGGAGAAAGUGCUUUGGCAAGCAAGAUACGACGAAGGGACACUCUUGCUAUCAAACUUGGCAACAGACCAUCUAAGAAGGAAUUAGAGGACAAAAACAUCUUGCAGCGCACAUCUGAAGAAGAGAGGCAGGAAAUCCGACAGCAGAUUGGAACCAAGCUCGUCAGGAGACUUAGCCAGAGGCCCACCACUGAAGAAUUAGAACAGAGAAAUAUCCUGAAGCAAAAGAAUGAAGAAGAAGAGCAAGAAGCAAAAAUGGAACUUAAACGCAGACUCAGCAGAAAGCUCAGCCUGAGACCCACAGUGGCAGAGCUGCAAGCUCGAAGGAUCCUGCGGUUUAACGAGUAUGUGGAAGUGACCGAUUCACCCGACUAUGAUCGCCGGGCAGACAAGCCCUGGGCCAGGUUAACACCUGCAGACAAGGCAGCAAUAAGGAAAGAACUAAAUGAAUUUAAAAGCACAGAAAUGGAAGUUCAUGAAGAGAGUCGACAGUUUACCAGGUUUCAUCGUCCAUAAUGAAGCAUGAGAUUCUUGGGAAACAGACUGAUCACCUUGGGCGGAAGCCUCGCUUCUUGAAAACCUGAUAUUGCACUGGGAUUUGAAUGUGUGUGUUUCUGUUUAACUUGUGGUGGAGGACGCGUGUGGAAAAUGCUCCCUACUUGUACAGCCCGGAUGGGCCAACAAGCAAAGGGGAUGGUUUAGCGACCCAGCUGUUCAGCGACCCUGCUGUCCAGCAUGUGGGCUGAUGGUAAGGAGCACCAUGUUUACGCCAGUUAUUCUUCAUCAGGAGUUUUAAUCAAAGAAGAUGAGCAGAAGACAAUCGCUGUUGCCAGAAAGCCACAUUUGAGAGUGUGGGUUAAAGAAUGGGGAAUGGAAUUUCUGAGCACUGGAAAGGGUUGUGGGGGGCGAAGGGGGGAGGGCGGUGAAAAUCAGAAAGCAAGAAAUACUUCAUUACGUUAAUGCAAAAAGGAAAUAGAAGCAUAAAUGUAUUUUUGAAGAGGCUUUGGGUAAUUGAGAACUUAUUAAGGAGUUUGGGAGUUUAAUCACUCAAUGUGGAUUUCUUAGACCUGAUCCUAGAAGAAUAUUCUUGUUUCACCAUUAUAUUGGUGCAGCGUAGUACCAUUAUUUUCUUGUCAUUGUGCCAGUGAAUCCAGUUGCCAGAAAUAAGUCUGAGUGUUUUCAUGUAUCUUUUUCUUAAAUGCAAGAGGCUUUUACUGACUCUUAAUAAGCAUGCUUACCCAAAUUUUGUUGCAUGCUUCAAGUAGCAUAGCUAUACACACUUUACAUUCUUUUAAAUACUCCUUACCUACAUACCAAUCUUCCACAAGGAUAACAGGACUGGGAAUAAAGAGGUAAUGCGACCCUAUAAAUCUGUAGCAAGCUUUAGAAAUGAAUCUUUUGAGAAAAAAAAAAAAAGAAAUGAAUCUUUUGGUCUUUCUCUAGCUUAAUUAUCUCCAAAGUUGAAACAGUCCUACUUGAUUUAAGGAAUAUACUAUCUACAAUCAUGGCACCUUUUAAAAAAGUCUGAAUCCAAAGUUAAACUUAAGCAAAAUACAGGUGUUCUGCCAGCAGUUGGCUCUGAAUGGGAACGGAAAGAACUACUUAGUUUUCAUGCUGCAUUAAGUUGGAUUGCUGCUAUUAAAAAAAAUAAAGCACAUGGAUUAAAAAAAAAAAACAACACUCACCCAAAGGCUUAAAAGAACAGAAAAUUUCUGCUAAGUUGUUAAGUAAGGAGAACUUCAUUUGGUAUUUUAAGAGUCUGCAAAUUGCAUCCAUAAAUACAGAACUGACUUUCAAUACAAAAGUGAAUUAAAGUUACGAAAGAUUUCCCCAUGAGCCUACAGUCAAUAUUGUUUACAUUAAGAAGCCAUUAUUGUCAUCUUGCUAUUUUCCAUGGAGUCAUGGGCAUAGCGUGGCUUCCGCUCCCAAGUACCUAUGACCACGUGUAAAUACUACCUUGCAUCUAAUUGUUCUUUCACAAUUAUUUUGUGCCCCUUUUAUUAAAAACACAUGUGAUGUAGAACAACACAACAAGACCUAAAGAGACUAUUUUAUUCUCAGAGUUUGGACUAGGAUUUUCUGAAGUGAUUCUUGUUCAUUGUAUGGAAAACUGUAAUUUUCUAUUUCAACCAAAAGCAGACAUUUAAUCUAAUGGGUAAAUUUGGGUCCUGCCAUUCAUUUAUAUUUUAAAGAACCACUUAAAAUUGGAUUUGUAAGAAAUAAAAAAUGUCGUCCCACUUGGCCUAUUACAAAAAAGCCAGGACCAUUUUAUAACUAAGAAAAGUAGUGGGCAUCGUUGCCUCUCUUGCUAUACACAGCUGUGUGGAUUAAUACAAUAAACCUAGAAUUUUGCACUAUUGUCAUUUCUUUGAUAGAAUAACUCAUUUUUGCUUUGAAAAAAUUUUUCUGCAUGCCCUAGUAUCUUUAAUCUGAUUGAAAUUUUGUUCAUUUCAUAGUGUUUAAAUCCAGCCAUAGAUAUUAACGAUGUUCCAGGUUUUUUUGCUAAAGUCAUGUUUUUCCUUUUGGUAUUGUUUUAUUGUCAUUUUAGUGUCUUAGGAAAAAUACCAAGGCAUGUAAUGUUAUUUUAAUUUUCUAUACUUAUAAUCUUAAAACAUUGUUUUAAUUUCUAGUCACAAGGCUCCUAUCAAAAUGGCAAAUAUAAGACAUUUAUCACUGUUUUGUCACUCAAGAUGCAUGUCAUAGAAAGUCUCUAUUUGGUUGAUAAAAGGAACCAUCUUUUUCCCCCUAGUAGUGCAUGUGAUAUAAUUUUUAAUUCCCUAUAGUGAGAUGCACUUAGUACAAAAAAUAAGACUCUGAAAAGGAAAAUGAGAUUCUGGGUCCUCAAUAUAUUGUUUUCUUGCUAUGACAUGUCAGAUUUAUGAACUACCCAUACUUUCUCUUCUACUGAUUGAUGUGUGUAGGGAAAAGUUUUAAACUUUUCUUUUUUUUUAAGAAAAUUAAAAAAAAAAUUAACCACUACUAGUUUAAGAAUUGGAACCAUGAAUUAUUUCAUUGGAAUGAUCCUUUAAAUAAAAAGAAUGAAAGGAUUAUGAGCUAAGCUACAUUCACAGAGUGAAGCUCUGUUUUAAUAGCUAAUUUUAAAAGGCAGAAACACUGCAUAUCCACAUCAGCAGCCCAUCCAGAGGUCUCUUGCAAAGCAGCUCUGAAAGGAUACGAGGAUGUGGACCAGCCGCCAUAGAAUUAUGUAUCUACCUAGUGCCAGCAUUUCUGCAAUCCAGCCAGUAAGCUGCGGUUCUGUAAAAAUAAAUGUGUGUGUGAGUUGGGUUCUUCCAGUACAAAAUCAGGGUUUUUCCUAUUUAAUGUGCAACAUUAGGCUGACAUAGAAGUAAGUGGUUUUUCUGAGUCCCUAAGAUAUGAUUAAGGAAGAAAAACAAGUCCAUCUCCAGAAAAGUUCAGGCACGAAAGAACUAGACAGACUAGUUUGAUUUUGUAAAAACAAAAGUGGUCAUUUCCAUAUUUUUUAAAAUGGAGAAAAAGAACCUUAACGUUAAGGUAAUAAGAAGAUGCCAUGAGCUUUAGCAUUAUCUUCAUGUUCUGACAAAAUUAGUUUCUGAUGAUUAGCAUUAAUUUUAGGCAGCCUUGCCUGAUAAUUUCCUAUAUGUGUGAAAUAGCUUGCAUUUUUUUUGUUGUUGUUCAAUAUAGUUUACCUUUAUGAUAAUUCCUAAAAUUAAAUCUAUAGUAGAGAACUAGUUUGGGUAUUUGAACAGCUGUUUCAAAUUGAAGGGGAAAAAACACAUUCUAUCUGAUUUAUCCAGAAAAAUUGACUUUCUGCUUUCAUUUUCAUGUCCUGUAUUAGCAUAUUGAUUGUAAUCAUUUACCUUUCUCUUAUGUUAGUAAAUAUACUGUGUUAGGAGAAACUUCUGAAAUGUCAGUAAAAAUCUUUUUAAGGAAAUAUAGGAAUUAAAUACACUCCUUAAUAAUCAUCAAAUAUU